AUGGAGAAAAUAUGUGUUGCAGUGAGAGUGAGGCCGCCGACGCCGGAUUCCUCAUCGAAAAACGCAUCUUCUCUGUGGAAAGUGGAAGACAAUCGUAUUUCACUCGACACCCCACUUUUAGGCGCUUCUUACUCUUUCGACCAUGUGUUCGACGAAAUGUCUAGGAAUGCCUGCGUCUACGAGCUUCUUACCAAGGAUAUUAUUCAUGCCGCAGUCGAGGGUUUCAAUGGUACUGUGUUUGCUUAUGGGCAAACUAGUAGUGGAAAGACGUUUACAAUGACGGGUUCUGAGACUGAUCCAGGGAUUAUUCGGAGGUCUGUUAGAGAUGUAUUCGAAAGAAUACGAAUGAUAUCGGAUCGCGAGUUUCUUAUCCGGGUUUCUUACAUGGAGAUUUAUAACGAAGAGAUCAAUGAUCUCUUAGCUGUUGAGAAUCAGAGACUGCAAAUUCAUGAACAUUGGGAGUGUGGAGUGUUUGUUGAUGGCCUUAGGGAAGAAAUAGUUCAUGACGCUGAACAGAUUCUAAAGCUUUUAGAUUUUGGAGAAGUGAAUAGGCACUUUGGUGAGACAAACAUGAACGUUCAUAGUAGCAGGUCCCACACCAUCUUCAGAAUGGUGAUUGAGAGCAGAGGGAAAGGAAACAGUUCUACGGAUGCUAUCCGUGUCUCAGUCUUGAAUCUGGUUGACUUGGCUGGAUCUGAAAGAAUUGCAAAAACUGGUGCUGGUGGAGUACGCUUGACGGAAGGAAAGUACAUUAACAAGAGCUUAAUGACUCUUGGUAAUGUCAUUAAUAAACUAAGUGAGAAUACAAAAAUAAGGGGACAUAUUCCGUACAGAGACAGCAAGCUGACUCGAAUUCUUCAGCCUGCACUUGGUGGUAAUGCGAAGACUUGCAUUAUAUGCACUAUAGCACCAGAAGAGUAUCAUAUUGAGGAAUCAAAAGGGACUCUCCAAUUUGCAAGCAGAGCCAAGAGCAUCACCAACUGUGCUCAAGUGAAUGAGAUCUUGACUGAUGCUGCUUUAUUGAAGCGUUUAAAGUUAGAGAUAGAGGAGUUACGUAUGAAGCUUCAGGGAUCCCAUGCCGAAGUGUUAGAACAAGAGAUAUUAAAGUUAAGCAAUGAGAGACUCAAGUAUGAGCUAGAAUGCGAAAGGCUAAAAACACAACUUGAGGAAGAGAGAAGGAAACAGAGGGAGCAGGAGCAGUGCAUUAAGGAUCAACAGUUGAAAAUUGAGAACUUAAACAGUCUUGUCACUAAUUUAGACUUCAAGAAGAACCAUUCAGAGGACUUUCUCAAUUUCAGGAAGACACAAGAUGACUCAUGCAUUGUUAAUAAUAAUAUCAAUGUUCCACGGACUCCUUGCUUUAAAUCCCCUACACGUUCCUUUGUGGUUGCUCGGUUAAAUUAUUCCGGAUUACCUGAUUUUAAUGACUUGGCCGAUGAAGACACUUGGUCAAGACUAAACAAAGGUUUUGUUCAACACCGCGAUAAAUUUCAGUUUACACCUACAGUUAGAAGUCAACCCAUUCCUUUAGCUACUGCAACCAUGGAAUGCUCGCAUGAAGAUCACAAAGAGGUUGAAAAACUCAAAAGUCAGAUUGACUUGCUGACUAAUGAGAAGGAUAGCCUACAGGUAAAAUUCAACGAGCAAGUAGCUAUGAAUAACAAGCUCUCUGAGCUCAAACAAAAAAUGCUUCACAUGCAAGAGAUUCCGAAACGGUUAUACGAGUCAGUUGCUAAUUGCAAUGAUGUCUACAAGGAUGUUAUAGUCGCAAUGAAGAGCGUAAUGUCUGAGAAGGAAUCUCCAAGAGCAAAGCUUUUCUUUGAUGCAACUGAAACCACAACGAGCCUUCUUUCAACUCUACAAUCACAAUUCUCAAUGAUUAUGGAUGGUCAGAAAACUGGAAGCGGAGAGCAUUGUUUAUCGGAUCAGUGGGAAACACUUCGUGUGAAUCUGAAGAAGACAACAACAUCACUACUGUCAGACGCACAAGGAAAAGAUGAAAUUCUUAACUGCCACAACAAGGACCAAGAAACGGCUGCACUGGAGGAGAAAUUAAAGUGUGAGCUGAGCAUCAUCAAGGAAAGAUGUAAUGAUGCGAUCAUGGAUGGCACCAUGGAGAUGGAGGGUGAGCUUGUAACGGCAGAUGGAGAGCUUGAUCUCCAGGAAGCUUUGAAUGUACCAGUUGGCGCAAUCACGAGGGCAAAGACCAAACGGUUAAGGGAAACAUUCAUACGCAUAAUUAAAAAAAUGAACCGAAAGAUCAUUUUUGAAGAUCCAAGCAAAAUUUGGAUUUGUAUUUCCGCCAAGGAAAUAACUUCUGGAGAUUGGGCUCUCAACUUUACUCAAGUAGAAUUAUCAACGGCCAAGAACGAAGAUGAAACUUUGGUUGACCGUGGCCUUGGGCGAAAAAGUUUAUGGUUAACUGACUAGGUCAACCGUGAAGAUCAAGGAUUGACCACUUCUUCAACUGUCAAAAACUUGUCUUUUAGUUUAGUCAGACAAACUCUUUAAGUCUUUGUAUUUCCUUAGGGUCUAAAUGUUAACAUAGAGAACGAAGGGGAAUAAUCAAUUCCUACUUAUUCCUUAAAAAAUACACCA